CUGAAAAGGUUUCAAGUUUCCUGGCAAGAUAUUCUGAACCCCUGGCGAUUUUGCUCGUUUCUAUCAGUGGUAUCACCUCUUGUCGCUGCAAUAUGUUGUGUGAAGUUUACCAUAUUUAAGGGGUGCAAGUGAAUAGUACUUGAGGACACGAGCGUCCAGUCAUCAGGGUGGUCGAGUGCCCCAGAAGGUGUUCCGACGCUGCAGGUGCAUCGACAAUCAGUUCACAUGAGGCUCUGAGAGUACAUCAAGAAACCAUGUGGGACUUAGGGUCCACACAUGGCCCAUGAUUGGACACACGUUACAGAGCGGAAGGGCAAGAGGCGUUCUUAACGAGGAAGCAACAGCAGACCCCGCCCGUUUUGUUCGUAAGAAAAGCAGGGCAGACUGUCAAUGCAACAUAGUCGACGCUCUCUCCUGCGAGCUGGGGGACACAAGCCUAACCUUGACUUCGGUUGUGAGUCGUGAGUAAGGCAAGCUCUCAGGCUACGCAUGUAGUCUAGCGGGGUCAUUGCCGACGAACGUCUCUGUAAAAAGCCGACAAGUCUUGAGGGCACAGGGGGCUGGUUCCGGCUAAAGGCAGGGGCAUCUCGGUCCACUUCACAAGUGGAUGCUCGCCAAGUGGGGAGUACAGAUGGAGGCCACAAGCGGCCUGCCAGCCGCGGCCCCAGCCAGCACUGCCGCUCCUGGCACGGCUGACCUCGGGACGAUCCUCGACUGCGCCGUGUGCUGGGAGGCAUACGACUCGGACGGGCACUGUCCCCGGCAGCUCAUCUGCGGGCACUCCCUCUGCGACGCAUGCAUCCGGGAGCUUCCUUGGGCGACACUUCGUGGGGUGGAGCUUCCGUUCCUAAUCACCUGCCCUUGGUGCAUGUGCUGGUCCCCCCGCGUGAUCUGGGAAGGCGCCCUAAAGUAUCCGAGCAAAAACUUCUCCCUCAUGUGGCUGGUCGAGUCGUACCGGCCCCAAACCUCCCCAAACCCCCCGGUCAGGCGGCUGCGGCACGCCUCGUUCCCGAACCUCCAAGCUUUGGAGGUCCCGAGCGACUCGGACCACCAGCGGCGGCUGCUCUUGCUCCCCCGGGGGACGCGCGGCGUGGAGCGGGAGUCCGUGUUGACGCGCGUCGUGCGCGACGCGUGGUUCCUCGCGGUCGCCACGAGGAGCGCGUGCUCGUGGCUUGCGAGGAAGUUCUCGCUUCUAGUUGUGGCGGGCAUCCUGUGCAUCAUGCUGAUGCUGCAAGUCGGGCUGUUGCCGAUAGGCGUAUUUAUUGUCAUCUCCACCAUGAUGGCGCUCAUUUUCGUCGGCUUCGCCGUAAUGACCAUGACUCUGCUGUUCGUCUUGCCAACGGCUAUCGUGUUGGAGAUAGGUGGCAACGUCUUGCGGCGACUUGUCACGUAGCUAGUUGGGGUUCAUGCAACAAUUGUUUGUGGGUUCCAUUGGACAGGGGUAGGUGUAAGCAUCAAGUGGGUAUAUUAGCUGGAUUCUUGGGGCGUUGUGAUUAAGUAGAGACGCGGUAGCCUCUUUGCUUCUCAGCGUCCUUGAAGGCGACAAGGCCGCUGUUAUAUUUGUUCAAGAACUCGAGCAAGGGACCCGAAACUGGAACAUUGCUUCAAAGAAGCAUGCACUUAUCUCGCAUGAUUCAUGCAUGGCAUCAUUUCGGUU